CUUCAUUACAUCAUCGUCUCCAGCGAAACACAAUAAAGAGCGGCCAUCUUUACACAACAACUGCAAUGUCGGAAUUUCAUUUCAUCAUUGUGUAUGUGUCAUUCGCGUGAACGCGUUUAGUUCGGGAGCCAAAAACAGCGAGACACCAUGACCUAGUGAUAUUCAACAGGAAGACAGCGAGCCCUCCCUGACGCACUGCUCUGACAGCAGACCGAGGUCCCAGCCAGUUGCCUGUACCGCCGUGGAAGUUUCCAGGGACAGACACUCUCCCCCAUAGAGAUAUGGAACCCCGGGAGAGUCUGGGAGUGGAGGGGGAUUCGGGCGUCCUGGUGCCAAGCCCACGGAGUGAUGCUGUGACCCAUGACAUGAAGGAGCUGUCCCUGCUGCCCACUCAGAGUCUUCCACCCCUUAAAGAGCGCAAGAACGUGUUGCAGUUAAGACUACAGCAGAGGCGCACGCGUGAACAGCUCAUAGACCAAGGCAUUAUGCCACCAUUGAAGACUCCGGCAGUUUUUCACGGGCAGGUCAGAAGUCUGGAGAGGGCACGGACCGAGAAUUUCCUGAAGCAUAAAAUUCGUAGCAGACCUGAUCGAGCCGAACUUGUCCGUAUGCACAUUCUACAAGAAACCCUGGCUGAGCCGUCUUUACAUGCCACUCAGUUGAAACUGAAGCGGGCUCGUCUGGCUGAUGACCUCAAUGAGAAGAUUGCACAGAGGCCUGGACCAAUGGAACUGGUGGAGAAGAACAUCCUGCCUGUCGACCCCACUGUUAAUGAAGUUAUUACUGACGAGAACUGCCCAAUGGAUGUUUAUAAGUUUGAUGAAGACAGUAGUGAUGCUCUUUCUCCAGAGCAGCCGGCUAGUCAUGAGUCUCAAUUUUCUGCAUCAUCCCCUAUAGAAGUCAGAUUGUCAGAUGUUUCCUCUGUAUCACCUCCAGCCAGCUCCAGCGUGCAGUUUUGUCCACCUACAAACCAGUGCACAGGCUUCCUCAGCAGAGCAUCGGUAGAUGAUCAAACAAACACUCGCGAAGUGACAGUCGCUCAGCCAGUCGCUGCUGCUGCCCCCAUUAAACCCGCACCCGCCCUCGUGAAGCAAAGCCAACACAAACAGGCCAACGACAAGAGCCGUAGCAAGAAGAGUAAAGAACCCAAACCGAGAGUUAGGAAGCUGAAAUAUCACCAGUACAUCCCACCAGACCAGAAGCAAGAACUCAGUGAAGCCCUCAUGGACUCGUCGUACGCCAGACUUCUUCAACAACAGCAGCAGUUCCUGCAGCUCCAGAUCCUCAGCCAACAGCAACAGCACUACAAUUACCAGGCAAUAUUGCCGGCGCCCAUCAAGCCAGCGGCUGAGAGUCAGAACAGCUGCCCUAACAUAGCCCUGAGCAGCAGCUCAAGUCUGCCCGCUUCUAUUGUGGUGUCUUUGGCAAACGCAACCCCUUCACGUCCCAACAAUAAUGCGACCUGUUGGAAACCGGGGUCUCUGCCUGCCAACCUAGAUGAGAUGAAGGUGGCCGAGCUUAAGAUGGAGCUGAAACAGCGUGGACGACCCGUGUCUGGCACUAAAACAGACCUCAUAGAACGACUCAAAGCCCACCAAGAGACCUCUCAACCCAUUACAGUCGUAGACACUAACGUCUCCAAAAGUGCCCUGCAACCUGACAACAUGAGCACAACUCCCCCCGUGUCACCCGAACGAUUGGAGGCAUCUAGCAAGACUAUGGAGGAAAAUAAGGAAAGCCUGACCAAAGCAUUCGGCACCUCAGCCCUCAAAUCUGAAGAAGUGAUCACAGGGAACAAAGUUUCAGAGAAAGACCAGCGCCUCCACGACAAGGAGCGUCAGAUUGAGGAGCUCAUGCGGAAGCUGGAGCAGGAGCAGCGUCUGGUGGAGGAGCUCAAGAUGCAGCUGGAGGUGGAGAAGAGGGGUCAGCAGGGCGGAGGUCAACAGCCCGAACCUGAUUCGCCGAUCCACGUCAAAGAGGAAAACGGCGCCGCCUCCAGUUGCAACUUUAAGCAUAGUCCCAUGCGACAAACCGUAGGGGUGAAACAGGAAGAGUCUCUUGUUCAGAUGCACCACACCCCAGUCCAACAGUUUUACAUCAAAACUCAGACUGCUGCACAGAUCCUGCUGCCCAUAUCACUGCCCAGUAACUGCAUCACCACACAGGCGCAGACCAUUCUCCAGUCAGCGAUGCCCAGAGUGAAUCAAAGCCUCCUACAAACUCCACUUCUGCAAACACGGAUGUCUGACAGUACACUUCUACAACAAAACUCCAACCAGACGCAGUCUGCACCUCAAACAGUUCCUCUAUGUGGAAGCUCUAGCUCUGGAUUUGAGUACAGGCAGAAUCACAACCAGUCCAUGGUGGAAAUGCCCCAGUGCUUCCUGAGCACUUCACCCAGAGUCUCGCCCAGACACACGACCCCAAAUGGACCCGUUAACAAACCCCCCUCACCCUGUCAGCUCAACAAUAUCCUCCAGCCGUCAUUCCCCAAUCAUCACAGCCCAAAGAGUAAAGACCCGCCCCGCUAUGAGGAGGCCGUAAAACAGACCCGCGGCCUACAAGCCACAAUGCAGGUUCCCACUGCUACAAGUCAGCACAUGGAUGAUUUGUUUGACAUUUUGAUCGAGAGUGGAGAAAUAUCCCCUCUGACCAGGCAGGAUCCAUCUCUGGACAGACAACUCCAAGUUACAGCCAACGUCACCACCUUACCCAUCAACACGGUGCUGUCACGCCCUCCGCCACAGAUACACGUCGCCCGCCCACUCAACCAGCCCCAAGUGCCUCCACCACGUCUGGUUGCCCUGGCUUCAGAUAACCAGCUGGAGGCCCUGCUGGGGGAAGCCGAACCACGGACCCUGCGACUGAUGGAGGAGCUUAAAAAUCAGCUACUGGAUCAGCCAAACUCUCCAAUGGACACCACAGAUCUGACCUUCACCGACACGCCGACCUCCGCCCUGCAUCUGCAGGACACCGGCCUCGACAACAUGGAGUGGUUAGACCUGACCAUGCCUGGAACUGCUGGUAUUUCCUCUCCUACUGUGUUUUCUUCAGAUUUUCUGGACUCGUCCGAUCUACAAUUACAUUGGGAUUGAGGAUGAUGCAAGGACAGGGAGAUCGCUGUGACUACGGAGAAUCUGAGAGGAUUUGUUAGCCGUGAGGCGACCAUUUGUGGUGGUCAUGAGUGAUGCACAGUUCCAAAACUUUGAGAAGUGAUUCUGUUAAUUUUGUUGCUCAGAUUUUGCUGAGCUUUUCGGAUGCGAAGGAUCUGGUGUCGUUCGGUGUGUGACUUCAAUUUAAAUAUAUAGAGACCACUGAUAGAUCCGUGUCGGCUGACUCAUCUGUGCUUAUAAAUGCAGAUGUGUAAAUGCAAGACUUCUGGCAGAUCAUGCUUACUCAUCUGAGCUACAUCUCUGAGACAUCUGCUUUCAUAUAGAGACAUCUGCUUCAUAUAGACCUCUAGAAGAUGUCAGUAAGAUGUGAAUGAUUUAGAAUAAAUGUACAAGAGCUCUUUCUAAGAUGUUUAGCAGAUCUUUAGCAGACAUCUUACAGAUGUACCUGUGCUAUCUGGGACGUGAAUACAUCUCUGUCAAGAAAAAGAAAUGUCAUUUUCACCAUAUGCUUGUCAUAUUCGAAAGCUGUAAAACAUGAACUGUGUUAUAUAGAAUGUAUAUUACGAAUUCCGCUCUUUAUAAUUUUAGAUUUAUUAUAGACUCAUCACACAAUUUUAGGAAAGCAAGACACACACAAUUGUUGUUGUUUUUACAUUUACCUUGCUCAGUACCUAGUUUUAGAUUUUAACACGGAUUGAAGUUUUCAAAUGUCAGACAUUUGUGAGGGAAAUAUGGUGCCAUGGUAAUUGUAACGUUUCUUAUGUAAUCUUUAUUGAAGGAACCUGUCUAGCGGCUCAUUUAGAUUUGGUCAAGUAGCAAUUUCCUUGGGGUACUCUGUUCAAUUUGGCAGCUAAAUAACAUGGAGGACUAAGAAGUGAUCUUUAGAAACAUAUUGUCCUCGAUUUGUAAAACAUUCAAAUUCAUCCUCGUCAGAUGACUGGCGUGUGGACGCUCGGAGCGAGUUUGUUUACCAAAACCCAGCGUGGUGGCCAAACAGAAAGCAAAUGAGAGGGAGAGGCACUAACUCUAUGACCUGUGUAAACGCUAGAGUGGCCAUUAUUAUAGUGAACAAGAGAGACGGGUUAAACUUAAAGGGACAGUUCACACAAAAUUCUGUCUUUAUUUAUUCGCCCUCAAGUUUUCCAAAUCUUUUCUUUGUUCAGAUGAACACUGAGAAUGUUUGUAGCCAAACAGUUCUUGGCCACCACCGGCUACCAUAGUAGGAAAAAUUGCUUUAUAAAUUUCUUUGUUCCGUUGCACACAAAAGAAGAUAUUUUUAAGGAUGUAGGAAAUGAAUACACAUUUGGAAUAACUCAAGGGUUAGUAAUUGAUGACAGAAUUUGUAUUUUUGGGUGAAUUGUCCCUUUAUCAUACGGGCCAGAAUGACAUCAGUUAAGUUUGAUUGAUCAGACCAUAGAUAUCAGACUCUGUGGUGUGACUUACAUUUGUUGUCAUAGUAGCUUAUAUAAACUCUUCAAACCGAAAGUUACAAUAUCUCACAGCAUUAGAGAUUAAUUUAUAACCACUGAAAUAGCAACAGGCUAAAUUCUUUCCAAAUGUACUUUACUCACUAACCUAAGCACCGUUUAUUUGUGAGAUUGAAAUGAGUUUUCAGUCAGAUUGUCGGUUUAGUUUGUUUUCUGUAAAAUAUGAAGAUGAAGCGCCACCCGCUGGAAAAUGUUAAAACAAACAGCCGAGUGAAUUUCUUUACAGCACUCUUUUAAGAUGUAACAUUUUAUUCAUGAAUUUGUUUUCUGCACUCUUUCAAAAUGUAACAUUUUAUUCAUGAAUUUUUUUCUGCAUUGUUUGGCAGAUUUAAUCGCAGCCUUCUGUAAAAACAUGCCAAAAACUAGUGCACUUACUUGACUUUGGAUGGAACAUUAACUCAUUGACUAUCAGUUCCUUAUCCAAACACAACUUCAAAACGAAAGAAUGUAUUUCUAUAUUUAGAAACGUAAUUUCUGAAGGGAUAUUUACCUUUGUCUCUACCAGAGAUCCAAAGCUCCUGAUUAUGUAAACAGACCAUUCACUGCAUUUGUGCAGUGCUCACGUGUAUUUUAAUUGCAUGAAUAUAUAUUUUUCAGUGUGAGGGGAGGAGACCUAUAUCUGUAUUCAUAGGUUAUGGUUGACAAAAUGUAUGAAUUUAUAAAGAGGUGUGUAACUUUUCCAACAUGUUCAGCAAAUGAAUUAUCUGUAAUGCAGAACAAGUCUUUUGAAGAUUAUGAAGAAAGAAAACAUUUUAAAUCUUACUGAACUUUUGGAGAGUGAUCGUAUGCCUCAUAUUUGCACAGUGUAUAUAGUUUUACAUUAUACAUUUUAUACAGACAUAUUUGUGCAACUGUAAAUAAUGUUUUGCGGUUGUCUUUGUACAUAUCUUUAUUGUAUAUACAGCCUUUUAUCAUUAAAAUGGUUCUGUAUUUGAAA